AAUUUCACUGCAAUUUAAAAAAAUCAACAAAAGCGCAGUAACAGCAGCAACAACAAUUAGGAAACGCACUUGUUACCGAGGUUGGGUGCCUGUACUAGAAAAGCAAACAAUAAACAUUCGAGCUGGCGAAACUGGAAUCCAUCGCAUGAUAAACAAACCGAACAAGAACCUUCGACAGCUACGAAAUUCUAGAGAAGGACGGGCCACGUCGCUAUCUUAUCUGCUACACUGAGAGAAAAGCUAGUAGGCCAGUGCCGUUCGAUCGUCGCCCGAAGCUCAGACUCCUCGUUUCGAUUUUCCAUCUCGGGCGGUAGUACUUUAGUUCGUUAAAAAUUAGCCAAACCAAAACAACACCAUGGCCUCGUCGUCGGCGUCCGGCGGCCGGAAGCAGCCCACUGCCGUUUCGCGCAUGAAGCAGGACUAUAUGCGCCUCAAGCGGGAUCCUCUGCCGUACAUCACCGCCGAGCCGCUGCCCAACAACAUCCUCGAGUGGCACUACUGCGUCAAGGGACCGGAGGACUCGCCUUACUACGGCGGCUACUACCACGGCACCCUGCUCUUUCCGCGCGAGUUUCCCUUCAAACCGCCAUCCAUCUACAUGUUGACGCCGAACGGACGCUUUAAGACCAACACCAGACUGUGCUUGAGCAUAUCAGAUUUUCAUCCCGACACUUGGAACCCCACUUGGUGUGUGGGCACCAUUCUUACUGGUCUGCUGAGCUUCAUGCUUGAGAGCACACCCACACUCGGAUCCAUCGAAUCAUCGAACUAUGACAAGCAAAUGUUUGCUCAAAAAUCGCUAGCAUUUAACCUGCGCAACACCAAUUUCUGCGAGCUGUUUCCGGAGAUCGUCGAUGAGAUCAAACAGCGGCUGCAGGGAACUCAGGCGGCGGCUGCAUUGGGCGGAACCGCUGCAAACGGAGUGAAGCGUUCCAACGGACUGGCCAACGGAGCGACCCUGGCAUCUGCGGAUGGCAAUCUGGCGGCGGGAGGUUUGGCCAAUCCACAGAAUGCAGCGGACGCAGUUGAUGGCGGGGCGGCGGGUCAGGCGGAUUUGGCCAGCGGCGGGGGAGCGGCGCUGCAGAAUAGUGCACGAAACUCCUAUCUAAACUGGCAGUCCGUCUAUUCAAACCUGGUGAUCAUUAUCUGCUUUGCAAUUUUUGCCCUCAUUGUUAAUUACGUGAUCAAGAACCUAAAUCAGGAAUAGAAUUACCGACACAGCCUCUAUAUUUAUAUACAAAUAUAGUUACACAUCCGUAUGCGUGUGCAUAUUUAAUCUAGUUUACUCUUAAAUAGUCUUCGUGGAUUCUAUACCGCAAGAGAAGUAUUUACAGACCCCGCUUUAUCCAAAAACUACCGCCCCAGACCCCUGGCAUUCAUUCCCACGAUUCCCACGAUUGCUGACUUAGUUUGAAAUUAUCGGCAGCAAAUAUUAGAAACACAAGAACACACAUUUCUGAACUCGAUUUGUGAAAUUUAUAAAUUGUUUUGUUAUGUAUUCAUUACUAUUAACGCCUAGUUUAAUGCAACGUGAAUAAAGCCAGAAAUAUGUUUGUAAAUGAAUAAAGGAGAACAGCAACA